GGCUUGUUGCAUGUGUUCUUCGUGUGCGGCGAAAAAAGAAAAAGGGGCAAAAGCGAAUACGCGCACCACCACACCAUCUGCCUCACAUGCACACGCACACACAGACAAGACAAGACACAGUCCGCCAAUCCACUGCGACCGUCCCAUGCGCAAACAAAAGCAAACAGCUGUGUGGUUGUCUUCUCUUUCGCUCCCUCCUCCCUCCUCCUGCCGAGUGGGCGAACCUCUCACCCGUGUGAAUUUUGACACGGCACAAGCAAGCAAGCAAAGAGAAGCGCUCGCUGACUUGCUUCGGGCUUGCGGGUUUUGUUGGUUCUUUUUUUUCUUCGCCCGUGCGUGCGUGCGUGUGUGUGUGUGUGUGUGGGCGGCUGAUUGCGGGUUUUUUGCGUUCCCCACCACCACCACCACCGCUCGCUGCCUCCCUCACCAGCUGGUAGGGAGAAGGAAGCAACAACAAACAACAACCUCCUUUCUCCUCCAUCCACCCACCCUAUUUGUCUGGGCCAUCACCCCAGCAGCAGCAGCAGCAGCAGCAGCAGCAGCAGCAGCAGCAGCAUCUCUUGUUGGUGGGUGUGUAGGUCACCCUGUUUCGGCAUCCGCCACGACUUUUUGCUUGCUUGUCGGCUGACCGCCCGUCGACGUCAUCCGCCCUUUCUUUCCCUCUGGCAUCGAUCGCCGGCACCUACUUGACUUGCGGCCACAAUCCUCACACCCAAUACGACCGCCAUCGGCACACACACCGCAGUGAGCGCACAUGGAUGUCAAGCACCACCAACAUUGAAAACCUCACAUUCGCUUCGCUCCCCAUAUCAGGCCUCUCCAUCACUCACAAUCCUGAUCCUCAUCCACAUCCACCAGUCCAGCCGCGACCACGCUGCAGCACGCGUUUCCGCACCAGCAGCACAAUCACUCAACACCAUCCUUGGCAGUUUCCCCUCCUCGAUCCAUUCAACCCAACACAUCGCUUUUGCUGUGCAGUGUUGCUCAAAGGCACGCGGUAAGGCGAGAAGGCGGGCCAAGUAGCACCCGCGCGCAACCAGCGUGAGGUGUUGUUACACACCAAAACAUCACACUUCUCCAAGCACAGCCCCCCGCGCCCAGCAGCACGC